AUGAAUGAACCAGUGUUAGUUGGUAUUAAAAUACCAUAUAAUCUACAAAUAAUCAAUGGAAAGAAUAUUUUCAAGAAAGAUAUUAAUGAAUUUAUUAUUCCAUCUUCAAUCACUAAAUUAGGUGAUCAUUGUUUUAGAUAUUGUUCAACACUAACAUCAAUUAAUAUACCAUCAUCAAUUAAUGAAUUAGGAAAUUAUUGUUUUCAAGAAUGUUCAUCAUUAACAUCUAUUAAUAUACCAUCAAGUGUUAGUGAAUUAGGAGAUUAUUGUUUUAAUGAAUGUUCAAAAUUAGAGUCAAUUAAUAUACCAACAAGUAUUAGUGAAUUAGGAAAUUGUUGUUUUAAAUAUUGUUCAUCAUUAACAUCAAUUAAUAUACCAACAUCAAUUACAUCAUUUAGAGAUGGAUGUUUUUAUGAAUGUGGAUGUGAAGAAGAAUUAAAGAAAAAUGAAACAAUACCAAGAAUUUGUUUUGAUAGAGGGUGGUGA